UAUAUAAAGUGGUCAAGCCGACGAGAUCAACAUCAUUCACUCAAUCAUUCUCUUACAAACAGUGUUCAACUCACACAGUUCAAGCAAAAGAAAAUGGCAUUUAAGUUCAUCGUUUUGUUCGGAUUCUUGGCCGCCGCCAGUGCUGGAGAUCUUACAUCAGGAUACGUUGGCUAUGCACCAACUGUUGAAAAGACCUAUCAAUAUGCCGAACCAUUGAAGACCAUUCAGUACGCCGAACCUUUGAAGACCAUUCAAUAUGCUGCUGCUCCAGUUGCUAAGACAAUCGAAUACGCUGCACCAGUGACCAAAACCAUCUUCCAACAAAGCCCAGUGUACGCCAAAACCGUCGUCGAACCAGAAUAUCACUCAUACACUCCAUCGGCAUAUGCUCCAACUGCCUAUGCACCAUCAGCCUAUGCUGCCCAUGGAACCGUUUCACACCACGGAAAGACCAUCGCCACACCACACUCAUACGUCAGCAAAUACGAUACCCGUUACGUCCACGAAGAUCCACACUACUACCCAACCGCUACCGUUGUAAAGACACCAACCAUUGUCAAAACUCCAAUUUACUCGGCUCCAGUCGUUCCAACCGUCGUCAAGACCCCAGUCUACUCAGCUCCAAUUGUCAAGAGCUACGAUUCAUAUGACCAUUCAUAUGCUCACGAUCAUUCAUAUGCUCACGAUCACUCAUAUGCUCAUGCUGCUCCAGUUAUUGCCAAAGCCGCUGUCUCAUACUCACCAGCCGUCGCUGUGUCCCAUGCCACCUUCGAAAGCGCCCAUGGUCACUAUUCCUGGUAAUUUUGAUGAGUCCACUGCCGCAUUACUCAUAUAUUUAUUAGUUGAACUUAAAUAGGACCUAUUUUCUUUGAUAUUAACACCGUUUGAUGAUUUAAAC